UUAAGGUACCAGUCUGCGUCCUUGGUUCCGCAAAACAAACAGGAAGAACAAUGUCUGACAUUUAUUCUGGAUCAGACUUUGAAGAGGAAACAGCCAGAGACCCUGAGCCAAUGGUUGUAGAGGUCAGAGGUCAUGGAACACGUGGUAGUCCGGUGACAGCUCGUAGAAGCACAAGUCGUCGCUCUCACAGAAGAACUGCAAGAGAUAAUGAUGAAUACAGUGAUGAUGAAGAUCUGUUUGACGAUGAUGAUGACGAUGAUGAUGAUGAUGAUGACACAGCCAUUAACAUUCAGACAUCUCGUAGCAGCGCUCGGCAGAGGCGUAGCGCACGGCAAAUGAAAACGACAAAUGGAAAAAAGUCUGUGAAUAUGACGCCCCCUGAUAAACUACUAGAGAAAGCAAACAGAUUGGCUAAUAAACUUUCCGCUACCAAAAAGGCUGAUAAAGCUGUGAAGGAGAGGAUUAAAAUACUUGCCUUAACUAGGAUAGUGUACGGCAGCGUUCACUGGAGACUGGCGGAAGCUCAUGCCAGUUUGGCUGAAGAUUAUUUAGAACUAAAAGGUUAUAACGUCCAGGCAGAGUAUCACACUGAAAAUGCCAUGACUAUUAUGCUAAAUUCAGUUACCACGACAACCACCGAGGGAGAAAAGGCAGCUGUUUUCGGAGUGCUCUUCCGAAUUAAUUACAUUCAAGGAAAGGCACAGAUUGCAAUGAAAAAGUACAAUGAAGCAGAAACUGCUUUGGCGAAGGCGGACAGAGCUUACCAGGCAUGUUCCAAGUUGUCAUGUGUCACUGACGAUCAGUGUGAUGAUAUGGAAAUAAAACUAGCACAGACAACUGCAAGGUUGUCAUGGAGACAGAAGAAGUAUGCAGUGGCUGGUUCCCAGUACGAUAAAGUCAUAGAUCUGACAAAGAGAAGAUUUGGCGAUGACGCUGUAGAAUUGAUAGAGCUGUAUCAAGAGGGUGGACGUUUAGAGCAAGCCAAGGGAAGAAUGGCAAAUCAUGAUAAAGCAAUAGAAAUGUUUCUUCAGGCACAUUCUAUAGCAGCAGCCAAUUACAAGUAUGCAAGUGAAGAAAUAGUAGACACAGCAUUGGCCCUGGCACAAGCAUAUGCAACCACUGGACGUGAGGAGGCUGAAAGUUCGGCAGAAAGUUACUUGAAUGAGUGCCUGUCAUCGUGCACCACUGUGUACGGACCAGACCAUAAAAAGACACUAGAAGUCCAGGACGAACUUGCAAGGUUACUUAUACGUACUGAACGAGAAAUGGAUGCCUUAGAAAUGUUGAGAUCUUCAUUACCAUUAAAGAAUGAUGUUUACGGAGAAUAUUCGGAAAAUGUUGCAGAUACUCAUAAAUUGAUAGCAUCCGUACACCUGGCUCAAGGCAAUAUUGAAAAAGCUCUCAGGGCAUAUAAAAAGUGUCUGAAUAUUGAAACUCUUGUUUUGGGUAAAAAUCAUAAAAAGACGAAGGACAGUGAAAGAACUAUUGACAUACUUAUGGCGAGUCCAGGACUUUCUAAAAAGUUUGUGCUGAAUAAGGAGGAGGAGUUAAAGAAACGACCUAGAUUUAACAACUUUUCUAAAUCGGCAAAAUAAUGUGACGCAAGAUUGGAGGAUUUAAUUCAUAAUUAACCUUGUUUAUUUACACUAGUUAUCUAAUAUAAACCUCAACACUUAUAUUUACAUUAUGCUGUAAGAUUAAAAGAUAUUUUACUCAGGUGCCCGUUCGUGCCUGAAAUAAUGCACGGAAGGGCACCUGAGGUCUUCCUCCACCAGUAAAGCUGGAACGUCGCGAUAUGACCUAUACUGUGUCGA